ACAUGUGAUUUUCUGUCCCCGUCUUCACUAAACAAGGAAAUGACGAGGUGGAGAUGUGGAGCUCCGACCUAAAUGGGCUAACGGUUGAAUGUGAAUGAACUAAGACAUUUUCCCCUCCAUGGCACCAGAAGCCUAGCCUUGGGGCUGUUUUCAUUCACUGUAGGUUUUAGACACAUGGAGGAGGACUUGGCUCGGGACAUAAAUUCAGGUCAGGCGUUGCUAGCUCAAGUGAAAUAUAAAACAGGAGGCAGGCAGCAGGUGAAGCGUGAACCACAGGCGGGCUGUGAUAACGCCUAGCCAUCGGGAAGCCCUACUGCUCCCACUUGGCCGCUAUUAAGUCAGUGCUCAAAUUUCCAGCAGACGCAAAGAGGAGCAGCACUUCUCACUUUCACUUCAUGGCUCAGCGCUCGGCUCAUCCUCUCGUCCCCGUCGCACUGCUGGUGUUUGGACUUGUUGCAAUCCUGCUCCUGACUAUCCCCACUGAGGAUGUUCAGGAGGCGCCGGGGUUCAUGUAUGGGAUUGUCUUGGAUGCUGGAUCUUCACACACAGCUUUGUAUAUUUACAAGUGGCCAGCGGACAAGCAAAAUGGCACUGGUGUGGUCACCCAGCACAGUGAAUGUGAUGUUAAGGGCGGAGGAAUCUCUAGCUAUGCAGGGCAACAAGGAGCAGCAGGGCGGAGCUUAGAGGCAUGUCUGGACCAGGCAGUGAAGGACAUCCCAACAGAAAGGCACAAGCUCACGCCUGUGUACCUGGGAGCCACAGCUGGCAUGAGGCUUCUGCAAAUGUCCAGCCCAGAGCAGACGGAUCAGAUUCUGCAGGAAGUGGGACACAAAAUCCAGUCCUACCCUUUCAGCUACAAGGGGGCGGCCAUACUGAGCGGUAAAGAUGAGGGGGCAUACGGCUGGGUCACAGUCAACUACCUCUUGGAGAACUUCAUAAAGUAUGGUUUCGUGGGGCACUGGUUCAGCCCUGGCAGGCCCACAGUGGGAGCUCUUGAUUUUGGCGGGGCGUCUACCCAGAUAACAUUUGCAACUCAGGAGAAAGUAGAGGACAAAAAUGACAUGAUAAAGCUGCGUCUUUAUGGCCAGGAGUACUCUCUGUACACACACAGCUUCCUGUGCUAUGGACAGGACCAGGUCCUCAAGGGACUGCUGGCUCAUAUAGUGAAGUCUCAGGGUUACUCUGAGUCAGUCACUCACCCCUGCUAUCCUGCAGGCUACAACACAACUUUAAAGUUGAACAGUAUAUUCAACUCUCCGUGUACAUCAAAGUACAAACCCAGCUCCUACAACUCCCAGGCCUUUCUGACAGUACAAGGAGGCGGACAUUAUGAACACUGUGUGGGCAACGUGUCUGAGAUUUUCUCCUUCGACAGCUGCCCCUUCUCCAAAUGCUCCUUUGACAAAGUCUUCCAGCCAAAUGUCACCGGUAGCUUCAUGGCGUUCUCUGCAUUCUUCUACAUUCACUCCUUCCUGCAGCGGAUCACCGGCAUCAGUGUGCAUACUCCUUCACAACUGCAGGAGGCAGCUGCAACUGUGUGCAGGAUGACAUUCGAACAAAUGCUGUUUCUUGCUCCAGAGGAAAAGUCUCGUUUGCAGGACUACUGUGCUUCCUCGGUGUUCAUUAAGAUUCUCAUGUUGAAAGGAUACAGCUUUGAUGAGCAGUCGUUCGCACGUAUUUCCUUCCAGAAGAAGGCAGGGGACACUUCGGUGGGUUGGGCUCUUGGCUAUAUGCUGAGUUUGAGCAAUUUGCUGCCAGCAGAGAGUGUGGGGAUGAGGAAGGCCCUGACCACGGGAGCAUGGGGAACGCUCAUCUUUCUCUUUGUCCUCUUGGUGGUGGCAGUCCUUGUCUUCAUCUUACUCCGAGCUCGUGAUAGGAAGUCGAAAGGAGGCGGUGAAAGCACCAUCUAGAUACCGCAACAACAUACAGGGCAGUCAGAAAACAGAAAGACACUCAUAAUGUUGUUUUUUUGUGUGUUGGCUCUGUAAUUCUGCACACUUGACCUGAAAUUACCGUAUGAGGUUAGAGAAUGGAAUUUCUGCUUUAUUUAAGGGUGUUCGCAUUAGCGAUAGACCAAUUAUUCGGUCAGCCGAUUAAUCAGCAAAACUGGCAUUUUGAGAUAAUUGGCAUCGGCCGAUACCUGCACUCAUAAGGCCGAUGUAUCAUCCUGAAAGACCUCAAAUCUAAUCUAAAACCACUGGCUAACGUUAAUUGUUGUAUUGACGAGAAUAAGGCAGUUGAAUGACUUCACUUCUUACAAACUGUACCCCACUCUCCCAGUCACAUUCUGAAAUCUACAGCAUAAUCCAUGUAUUUUUAUAUUUCGUGAAUUAAUACAAACUCCAUCUGAAACAACACAUUACUGGCUAAGAUAACCUGUGGAAUAGAUUGUACUCUGCAUGGAUUAAUGGAAUUAUACAUGACUUUUCUUUGUUUUGAUAUCUGCAUUAUAUAUCAGCCAUCGUCCGUCCUACUCUCUAAAUAUCGGCUUUGGCUGUUGAAAAACCCAUCAGUCGACCACUAGUUCAAUUUUUAAUGGAUGUGUGAACAUUGUAGAAAUGGUUUCUCUUUUUAUACAGAGCCCCAUAAUGUUGGGUUAACAGCAGGACAAUGAUUCUUAACAUGGAGACUGAUUCACUGCGAAGGGUUUGACUACUAUUGCAUAAUUAGAAUUUAUUGGACUUUAUUAGGAGUGAUAUUAACUUGUCCAAUUACUAAAACUAUAGGAAUGUGUAUAAAAACAACUGCAAGUUCAUCUGAUGUGGAUGCAAACACCCUCAAAUUGAGCAGAAAGUCAGGACUUCAUAAUCUUUUUCUAAAUAACAUUUUCUAAUGUGCUGGAAUACAGAGCCAACAAAAUUAAAAUUGUGUCACUGACCAAACUGACCUGUAGGUUUAAGAACAUAGUACUCCCCCAGUGGCAUUGGUACUAUGGGGGGGGGAGUCUGAAUGUAAUUUUUAUUCAUGAAAAGUAAAAAGUGAGUGUAGUCUAUAGCACUGUCACAGUAACUUGAGGCACAGCAUGGAAAUAACUAGUUUAAUAUGUGAGGAAUCACUAUUUUUAAAGUUUUUGUAUUUCAGGGGGCAGUUUUUAUUCACAUUUUUAUUGUCUGCUUAAAUUUAAAUAAUCAUAGAGACAACAUACAAACAUGGUGAACAGCAGGUGUUUGCUUAUUAUACACAUUUCUUGACAGAAAACCUCUCUAGGAAACGCUGUUUGGGUCAGUUUCUUUAAAAAAAUCAUUCAAAGUCAUUUAUAAAAACCUUGUAUCACAUGGAGGUUAUGAACUAAUUUCAGCAGACUUGAAUCACUGCUCAUGCUCUCUGUGUGUCAGUGUACACAAAAAAAACAAUCACGGGGUCUUUUAACUGAGAUUUAACAGUCAAACUUGUGCUUUUACAGAACAAGUAACACCUAUUUAUGUAAUGAAAUCUAAUACAUUGUCCCUGCAGCAAAUAAUCUGUUUAAAGUAGUGAUCAGUUUUAGUUGACAUUGUGUCAUCUGUUUAUUCAGCUCAAUGGUCAUUUUUUAAUGUAUUGCAUUGUAUCAUAUUGUAAGACCAUGAACAUUUUUAUUAUUAUUACAAGGAUUCAAGGGCUUCUGUAUUGAAUUGGAUUACAUAUUACAUGUAUUGCUUUCAUUAUGCAUUUACAGGUCUGAGGUGAAACAUGAAAGCAACCUAACACUCCAAAAAGUGAUUUGCAUGAAAACCUUGUCAACAAAUGUGAAUAAUUUUACAUUCAAAGGCUAAUCAGUGGUCUUAACCAUUAUCAUUUUCUGCAUUUCAAGAAGUUUAUGCUGCAACAUGAAGACAUUCCGAUAUGUACCAGGCAUGCUGGCAUAAAAAGGCAAAGGCAACUCAUGAUAUGUAGCUCUGUGCUAACAUCUGAGCCAGCUUUGAGAUCCAUUAUAACUCCUUCAUGUUGAAAUCAUAUGUAUAUUGUUGCAUCUUACUGUAUUGUUGUGGUAUAACAUGUCAUUGUUCAAUCCUAGUGAAAGUUGAUGUUGGUUUCAUCUCAUUUAAUGUUAGAUGUGUAUGACAAUAGAUUAAGCAAAUUUUAUAGUAUAUCAACAUUUUUACUAGAAUGUCACCAUGAAUUUUGAAUUAUAAGGAUGUUACAUUCCUCUCUAUGUGGUCACAUUGGUUUUACCCCAGAUAACAAUAAUAAAUAUUUUGUCUUUGUAAAGAGGAGUCUAUUGGAUCCUUCAAUUCAGUAAAUCUGCUCUGGACUACAACUACCAGAAUGCUUUGAUUUACUGACGUAUAGGGGUCCUUCUGAUGACUUCUGCUAUGGUUUCAUUGCCCCCAAAAUAAAAGCGCGGAUUUUUAUAAAUUUUUUCAGAUGGUUUUAGGUUAAUGUGAAUUUGCUGU